AUGCUCCCACUAGUGCAGGUGCAAGUGUCGCUACUGCCCAACCCCAGCCAUCUGGAGCUCGUGGAUCCGGUCGUGGUGGGCAAGGCCAGAGCCAAGCAGCUCUUCACCAACGACUCCUCCAGGCGCUCCGUCAUGGUGGGUGCUGUGCGGUGCUAUGCGGGUCUCAUUCUGCACGGAGAUGCAGCCUUCAGUGGCCUUGGCCUCGCUCCUGAGGUGCUGCAGGUACGGCCGAACCUGCAGGUGAGCCUGUGCUGCAGGCACGGCAGUGCUGCAGGUAUGGCAGUGCUGCAGCUGUCGGACCUACCAGAGUACACAACGGGCGGCACGAUCCACGUGAUCAUCAACAAUCAGAUCGGAUUCACCACCGAUCCGAAGCUUGCUCGCUCCUCCCCCCACCCCUCUGACUUCGCCAAGGUGAGGAGGGGAGGCGGCAGAGAAGGAGGGUUAGAGCUAACCGAGUAG